AUGCAGUACAUCCCGCUUGCAGCCGGUAUCCUUGGCAUGGUGAGUUUCACCCGGCCCCAGGAUAGCCUGCUGUCAAUGCUCAACUUCCUGCAAGAUGGCGGCGAACGGAUGACGCAUGAGCUGCCCAGUCAGCGGAUCGUGCGCCCGGAGUACGAUUUCGUAAUCGUCGGUGCCGGUUCUGCCGGUAGCGUUUUGGCAAAUCGACUCAGUGAGGUGCCUGAUUGGCGUGUGUUAUUGAUUGAAGCCGGACCUGGAGAGAACCUUCUGAUGGACAUCCCGAUGGCGGCGCAUUAUCUGCAGAACUUUAACAUCAAUUGGGACUAUCGCACGAAGCCGAGUGACCAGUAUUGCUUGGCAUUCAAGAACAACCAGUGUCGGUUCCCUCGGGGCAAAGUGAUGGGUGGUUCGAGCGUGCUCAAUUACAUGAUCUACACGCGUGGUAAUCGUCGGGACUUUGACGCCUGGGCUGCCAACGGAAACCCUGGAUGGUCGUAUGAGGAAGUACUUCCAUACUUUAAGAAACUCGAAAGGAGCGUCGUACCUGACGCGCAUCCAGAAUACGCCGGUCGAAGCGGACCAGUGACGAUCUCGUACCCUAACUUUCGAUCAGACGUAGCACAGGCAUUUGUGAAGGCGGCGAUAGAAGAAGGAGCUCCGUAUGUCGACUAUAACGGACCGAGCCAGAUCGGCAUCUCGUACAUCCAGAGUACAACAAAGAACGGCAAGCGGGACAGCACGAAUGCGGCGUACUUGUACGAAUUGCAUAACCGCACUAACUUGCACGUCAAGAAGAAUGCCCAGGUGACGCGGAUCGCGAUCGAUCGAACUACUGGCCAGGCGACCGGUGUUCGCUUCUACCAUGCCGGACGAUACUACAAAGUUCGAGCACGCCGUGAAGUGAUCGUUUCGGCUGGUGCGAUCGGUUCACCACAUCUUCUGAUGUUGUCAGGAAUCGGACCAGCAGGACACCUGCGAACAAACGGUAUCAAGCCGAUCGUUGAUCUUCCAGUGGGACUCAAUUUUCAGGAUCACACCGCCGCCGGAGGCAUCACAUUUUUGGUGAACAACACGCAGACACUCACGUUCAACAAUGUACUUCGACUUGACAAUUUUAUGAAGUAUCAGUACGAGAAACGCGGCCCGCUUACGUCUAUAGGAGGAUGUGAAACGAUCGCAUUCUAUGAUUCAGAACGUCCGGGUGACCGGAACGGUUGGCCAGACUACGAACUGCUGCAGAUCGGUGGUACGAUUGCAGCCGAUCCGACUUACGAGGUGAACUUCAAUUACAAACCGAGCACCUUCCAAAGCCUGUAUGGCGAGAUGCGUCGCAGGAACUACCAUGGGUACACUGUGUUCCCGCUGAUCCUGCGACCUCGCAGCAAAGGCCGGAUCUCGCUGAAUAGCUCGAACCCUUUCCGGUAUCCGAUCAUCGAACCGAACUAUUUCACCGAUCCGUACGAUCUGGAGAUCUCGGUGCGUGCCAUCCGAAAAGCGAUCGAGCUUAGUAGGACGGUCGCGAUGCAGCGAUACAACGCACGCCUCCUCGAGACUCCAAUGCCCGGUUGCGAGCAGUUCCGGUACGAUUCUGAUGACUACUGGAAGUGCUUCUCGCGGCAUGCCACCUUCACGAUCUACCAUCACGUGGGUACGUGCAAAAUGGGCCCUCGCAAAGAUCCCACCGCUGUCGUGGACGCGCGAUUGCGAGUUCACGGCAUCAAGGGGUUACGCGUUAUCGACGCCAGCAUAAUGCCGGAUGUUCCGGCGGGCCACACCAACGCGCCUACGAUCAUGAUCGCGGAAAAAGGUGCGGAUAUGAUUAAGGAGGACUGGAACGAACUCAACUAGAUAAUGUGUUAAGGAGGAAAAAGCGGACAAGCCCAAAAAAGAAGCAGUGUUCCGUGCGUUUUACGGAUAGCCCAUUCCUAUAACAGAUCUCUUCCAGAGAAAGCAAUGACUAUUUAUACUAUUUAUAAUGUUUAGUAGAACAUCGUGAUAUGU